AUGGAGGCCUCAAUGUUUAAGACCCUCGUCGAGGUCGAAUCCCGCGACCUAGACGCCCACCCUCCCCUCCUCCCCGCCGCCCCGGCCAAGGCCGUCCCGCGAACCUACCCGGGCGCACCGCACCACCGCGACGGGUCCUCCAUCGAGCUCGCCCGCAUCGACACCUCAGCCAAUUACAACAAUAACAAGAGCAGGGCCGAGACACCGCGGGGCAGCGCCGGCCCUUCCCGGGCACAAUCACCGUCCCGGACCCCCGGCUCCGGAAGCGAUAUCGAGAUGAGCCGGCCCUCGACGCCGACGGCCUUUGACGUCUUGCAGAGCAUCACAGACCCGCACAUGAACCGCUACCGCAUGGCGGCGUCGUGCCUCAUGAACUUUGGCAACGGGCUCAACGAUAGCGCGCCCGGUGCCUUGAUCCCCUACAUGGAGAAACACUACGACAUUGGCUACGCAAUCGUAUCCCUAAUCUUCAUAGGCAACGCCUUCGGCUUCAUCUUCGGCGCCGUCUUCCUCGAAUCCUUACGCCUCAAGCUCGGCCGCGCCCGCCUCCUCGCCCUCGCCCAGUCCAUCAUCACCAUCGCCUACGCGCCCAUCCUCGCCCAGGCCCCCUUCCCCGUCGUCGUUGUCUCCUUCUUCCUCAUCGGCUUCGGCAUGUCCAUCACCCUCGCCGUGAACAACGUCUUCUGCGGCUCCCUCCGCAACGCCACCACCGCACUCGGCUUCAUGCACGGCGCCUACGGGGCCGGCGGCACCGUCGGACCCUUGAUCGCCACCGCGCUCGUCACGGCUGCGAAGGCGAGGUGGAGCACGUACUACUUUAUCCCCCUCGGCCUCGCCAUCUUCAACGGCGUGUUUUCGACCUACACGUUUUGGCACUACGAGCGGGACCUGCCCGCCGGCGGCGCCCAACCUACACCCGCCGCCGAGGCCGCAGCAGCAGCAGCGAACUCGUCCUCCCAGCUCCUGAGCAUGUUCACCGCCCUCAAAAUCCGCAUCGUCCUCCUUGGCGCCCUCUUCGUCUUCGCCUACCAGGGCGCCGAAGUCUCCAUCUCGGGCUGGGUCAUCUCCUUCCUCAUCGCGACGCGCAACGGCGACCCGGAAUCCGUGGGCUACGUCACGGCCGGCUUCUGGGCGGGCAUCACCAUCGGCCGGCUCUGCCUCUCGCACCCGGCUCACCGCGUCGGCGAGAAGCUCUUCGUGUUCCUCGCCACCGUCGGCGCGGCGGUCUUCCAGCUCCUCGUGUGGCUGGUGCCCAACGUCGUCGGCCCCGCCGUGUCGGUCGCGAUUCCGGAAGGCUCACAGGCCUUCAAGUACUAG